AUUUUAAGAAUUCAAAAAAAAUGAUAACAAUGAAUCAUACAUUCGAAUUAUUUGUAUUGUUUUUCAUUACAUUUUUUCUUUCAUCAACUACAAUGGUUAAAAUGAAAAUUGUACCAAAAAAAUCAUUAUCAUCAAUGGCCGAUUUUUAUACAUUGGAAUUAAAAAUGCCACAAGUAUUACCGAAAAAUGAUGAUGAAUAUUUGUGUACUGCUGUCAAUAUAAGUAGUGAAGAAAUUUAUAUUAAAAAAUUCGAUCCAAAUGCCGAUUCAAAUCGAAUUCAUCAUAUUAUUAUAUUUGGUUGUAAAAAUUUACAUCGUACACAAUUAUAUCCAAAUAAUUGGCAUUGUUCACAUGCACAACUUUGUCCAGGAAUGCGUGUCAUUUAUGCUUGGGGACGUAAUGCACCAUCCUUACAGCUGCCACAAGAUGUUGGUUUUCGUGUUGGUGGCGGUUUAUCGUCCGAUAUAAAUUUUCUUAUACUUCAAGCACAUUAUGCUCAUCCAUUAAAUGAACAUGAUUCUAGUGGUGUUCGUCUAUUAUAUACAAUUCAACCACAACCAUAUGUUGCUGGAAUAUUUUUGCUAGCAUCACUAAACGGGAUAAUACCACCGCAUAAAUCACAAAAUCAUGUAGACAUUAAUUGUCGUCUUAAUCGUGAUCCAAUCACUGUAUUUGCUUAUCGUGUACAUGCUCAUGCUUUAGGCACUGUUGUAUCCGGUUAUCGUUAUUCACAUAAUCGAAAAAAAUGGGAUCUAAUCGCUAAAGGUAAUCCACAAUGGCCACAAGCAUUCUAUCCAAUGGAUAAUGCAAUGGAAAUCGAUAGCCAGGAUAUUAUUGCAGCACGUUGUACUUAUAAUUCUACUACACGAAAUACAUUGACCCUAAUGGGUUCAACUGUUGGUGAUGAAAUGUGUAAUCUAUAUCUAAUGUAUUAUUCAGAAAAUACAAAUCUAAUGAUCAACAAUGGUGAUGAUUCAAUGUCACGAUCAUUUUUCUAUUCAGUAGAUGAAAGAAAAGAAAGACGUUUAGAUAUGGAAUCAUGUGAAGAUGUUGAAUUUGAAUCAGAAUUUUAUCGAAAUCUUCCUGAAGGAAAUGAUCAACCAUUACCACGUAAUAUAACUAUGGAACAAUCUGCAUUAGACCAACAUUCGGCUCAUAAUCAUCCUCAUCAUCAACAGUCAAACAACAUUGAUUCACGUUUUGAUGUGACUGAAGGAAAAAAAAUUGAAUUUUUUCAAGAUCUUAAUUGGCCUUCAAAAAAUUUUCAUUUCGGUCAGAUUACGGCCGUUGAUUUUGAUUCAAUGGGAAAUAUAAUCAUUUUUCAUCGUGGAAAACAUGUAUGGAAUGAAUUAUCAUUCGAUUUGGAAAAUAAUUAUCGUCGUAUACAGAAUGGACCUAUUGCAAAGCCGACAAUCAUAACUAUUAAUACAAAAUCGCAGAAAAUUAUUGAUAGUUGGGGUGAAAAUCUUUUCUUCAUGCCACAUGGUUUAACUGUUGAUCGACAAAAUCAUUCCAUUUGGUUAACCGAUGUAGCUAUGCAUCAAGUAUUUCGAUAUUCAUUAGAUAAAUCUGAUGUUAAAAAUUAUCGAAAAGCUAUACUUGUGCUUGGUGAACGUUUUAAACCGGGCGAUGAUGAUAAACAUUUUUGUAAACCAACAUCAGUAGCCAUUGAUUAUAGUAAUGGUGAAUUCUAUGUUGCCGAUGGAUAUUGUAAUAGUCGUGUGAUUCGUUUCAGUUCAGAUGGUCGUUAUCUUAAUCAUUGGGGACAUAAACCAAUUAUCAAUGAUCUUCCAUUUCGUCCAUCACCAAAUUCAUUGAAUGUUCCGCAUAAAAUCUUAUUGAUUGAUAAUAAUGAUGUUGAUGGUGGGGAGAAACUUGCCUGUAUAGCCGAUCGUGAAAAUGGACGCAUCGAAUGUUUUCUUGCCCCAUAUGGACAAUUUCGUUUUCAAAUACAUUUACCACAAUUUAAUGGACGAUUAUUUUCGAUUGCUUAUUCGAAACAUGAUGAUAUAUUGUAUGCAGUGAAUGGACCUUCAUUAUGGCCACAAAUGACCGAUGUCAAAUCUCGAUCACCUGAUGUUAUGGCAUUUGCAUUCGAUUUUCAUACACAACAACCAUUGGCUACAUUUGCACCAAAAUUAACUGGAACAUUCAAUGAACCACAUGAUAUUGCCGUAUCACCAACUGGUGAUGAAGUGUUUGUCGUCGAAAUUAGGCCAAAUAAUAUUUGGAAAUUUACCAAUUUUCGACCUAUAGAAUCAAUGAAACAACAACAACAUGUCGUUGUCGAUAGUGGUCGAUUGAAAACACUGCAACAACAAGAAACAAGUUCAAUAAAAAACGCAUCAUUAGAUAUGAAUAUGAUGAAUUUGCCGAUCAAAUCAAAAAUAAUUGAAAAAAAUGACCAACAAAAAAAUAUUACAAUUUCAAAUCUAAAUUUUUCAUUCGAAUUAUUACAGAUUCGAACGAAAGAAUUUCGUGAAAAAGUAUGGUCCAAUAAUGUUUUGUAUUUUGUUCUGUUAGCAUUGUUUAUAUUCAUCAUGAUCUUAAAUGUCCAUCAUACAUCAUCAACAUUACGAUUUUGUUCAAUAUUAUUAUCAACAACGGUAAAUUUAUUGAAAAGAAAACUUACUUUUCGUUCUUCAUUGAAAAAUAGUGAACGUAUACGUUUAAGUGAUGUAUUAAAAUCAUCAACAAAAAAACGUAAAUCAUCAUCACGUUCAGAUAAUAAACGAUAUGGUGGUUUUAAUCGUUUACCACAAAAUGAAGAAGAAUCUGAUCUAGUCAUUGUCACUGAUGAUGAUGAUGAUGAUGAUAAUGAUGAUUCGGAUGUUCUUGAAGAUUUUAGUCUUUCACAACAAAAAAACAAAAAUCAUGUUAUUUGAAAAAAAAUGGAAAAGUGCUUUCUUUCUAUCCACCACUUACCACCACUAUAUAAAUAUAUAUUACUCAUCGAUCAUUUCAUUAUUGAUUUUAAUUUUUUUUUUCACUGGCAAUCAUUUAU